AUGGCCGCUUCAAAAAAUCAACAAGGACGCGCGGAGCUGAUCCUGCUGUUUGUGCUGCUGGGGAUGCUGUGGGAGACCGGGACAGGACAGAUCCGCUACUCGGUUCCAGAAGAGGAGGACAAAGGCACCUUCGUGGGGAACAUCUCCAAGGACCUGGGGUUGGAGCCCCGGGAGCUGGCGGAGCGCGGAGUCCGCAUCGUCUCCAGAGGUAGGACGCAGCUUUUCUCUCUCAACCCGCGAGGCGGCAGCUUGGUCACCGCGGGCAGGAUCGACCGGGAGGAGCUCUGCGCUCAGAGUCCGCGGUGUCUGGUAAAUAUUAACAUUCUCGUUGAGGAUAAAGGAAAACUCUUUGGGGUAGAAAUAGAAAUAACAGAUAUUAACGAUAAUAACCCAAAAUUCCAUGUUGAAAAUCUGGAAGUAAAAAUCAACGAAAUAGCAGCUCCGGGAGCACGUUAUCCGCUUCCAGAAGCUGCUGACCCGGAUGUGGGUGUGAACUCCCUCCAGGGCUACCAGCUCAGCCCCAGUCACCAUUUCUCCCUGGACGUGCAGACUGCAGACGAUGGAACUAUAAACCCAGAGCUGGUGCUGGAGCGCGCCCUGGACCGAGAGGAAGAGGCGGUUCACCACCUGGUCCUCACUGCCACGGAUGGAGGCGACCCGCGCCGCUCCAGCACAGUGCACAUCCAGGUGACGGUGUUGGAUACAAAUGACAAUGCCCCAGUUUUUGCUCAACCGAUUUACCGAGUGAAAGUCCUUGAGAACGUGCCCCCAGGGACCCUGUUGCUUACAGUGAGAGCUAGCGACCUGGAUGAGGGAUCCAAUGGAAAAGUGGUAUAUAAAUUCCGGAAAAUUAAUGAAAAACAAUCUUCAUUAUUCCAGCUUGAUGAAAAUACCGGCGAAAUAUCAGUAGCAAAGAAUCUAGAUUAUGAAGAAUGUUCCUUAUAUGAAAUGGAAAUACAGGCUGAAGACGUCGGGGCACUUCUGGGGAGAACCAAAUUGGUAAUUAUGGUGGAAGAUGUAAAUGACAAUAGACCUGAAGUGACCAUUACGUCUCUAUUUAGCCCAGUGUUAGAAAACUCUCUUCCUGGUACAGUAAUUGCCUUCUUGAAUGUGCAUGACCGAGACUCUGGUAAGAAUGGUCAAGUUGUCUGUUACACACAUGAUAAUUUACCUUUUAAGUUGGAAAAGUCAAUAGAUAAUUAUUAUCGAUUGGUGACAUGGAAAUUCUUAGACAGAGAAAAAGUCUCUACCUACAAUAUCACAGUGAUAGCCUCAGAUCUUGGAACACCACCUCUGUCUACCGAAACUUACAUCGCCCUGCAUGUGGCUGACACCAAUGACAACCCACCUGCCUUCUCUCGUGCCUCCUAUUCAGCCUAUAUUCCAGAGAACAACCUCAGAGGGGCCUCUAUCUUCUCAUUUACUGCACAUGACCCGGACAGUCAGGAAAAUGCACAGGUCACUUACUCUGUGACAGAGGACACCAUCCAGGGAGUGCCUCUGUCUUCCUAUGUGUCCAUCAACUCUGACACUGGAGUUCUGUAUGCACUGCAAUCUUUUGAUUAUGAGCAGAUCCAAGACUUGCAGUUACUGGUGAUUGCCAGUGACAGUGGAAAACCACCACUUAGCAGCAAUGUGUCACUGAGCCUGUUUGUGCUGGACCAGAAUGACAAUGUACCUGAGAUCUUGUACCCUGCCCUCCCCACAGACGGCUCCACUGGUGUAGAACUGGCUCCCCGCUCCUCAGAGCCUGGAUACCUGGUGACCAAGGUGGUGGCGGUGGACAGAGACUCUGGACAGAAUGCCUGGCUGUCCUACAGCCUGCUCAAGGCCAGUGAGCCAGGCCUCUUCACAGUGGGUCUGCACACAGGUGAGGUGCGCACAGCAAGGGCCUUGCAGGACAGAGACGUGGUCAAGCAGAGUCUGGUGGUAGCUGUCCAGGACCACGGCCAGCCUCCCCUCUCUGUCACCACCACUCUUACUGUGGCAGUGGCUGACAGCAUCCCUGAAGUGUUGGCGGACUUGAGCAGCAUCAGUACCCCUGAUGCCCCAGAUGAUUCAGACCUCACGCUCCACCUGGUGGUGGCAGUGGCCAUUGUAUCCUGUGUCUUCCUCAUCUUUGUCAUUGUGCUAUUAGCACUCAGGCUGCGGUGCUGGCAAAAGUCCCGCCUGCUCCAGGCCUCGGGAAGUGGAUUGGUGGGUGUGUCACCCUCACACUUUGUGGGCAUCGAUGGGGUACAAGCUUUUCUGCAGACCUAUUCUCACGAGGUCUCCCUCACUUCCGGUUCCCAGACAAGUCACGUUAUCUUUCCUCAGCCCAACUAUGCAGACAUGCUCAUUAGCCAAGACAGCUGUGAGAAAAAUGAUUCUCUGUUAACAUCCAUAGAUUUUCAUAAAAGUAAGGACGAAGCUGCUUGUGCUCCGGCUGCAGUUUCCCAGUGCGGACUCUGGGCGCCGCUGUUGGCCAAAGUAGAGAGCUUGGCGCUCGCGAUCUUCUCGCGCAGCCGCAGCGCGCUUGCCUGGGCAGCCCUAUCCGACCUGCCAGCGCCAGCCUUUCCACCGCUUCUUCCUGGGAAAAAGAAUCUUUUCAUGGACUGGAACUAA